AUGGAUCCCACUCUGCUCCGGACCCUCGUCCAAGUCGAGUCCAACUCGAUCGCCCACCAUGAGCACACUCUCCCGGCAGCGCCCGAGAGGGUGGUGUCGAGGACGUACCCGGCCGUCCCCCAGCAGGACCCCAUCGAGCUGCAGUCCCUGCGACUGUCGAGAAACGAGACCGCACCGUCGCCCUCCGCUCCCGCGACGCCGCGCGAGGAGACCGACCUCGAGAUGAGCGCCCCGGCCACGCCGGCCGAGCCGGCCGACGCCGUCGACGCUCUCCCGACUCUCAAUAACCCGCCCAAGAACAAGUUUCGCCUGGCGUCGUGCUGCUUCCAGAACUUCCUCAGCGGCCUGAUCGACUCGGCCGCUGGUGCCCUCAUUCCUCAUAUGGAGAUCCAUUACAACAUCGGGUACGCGGUGGUGUCGCUGCUCUUCAUCGGCAACGCGCUGGGGUACAUCAUGGCGGCGCCGUUCGUGGACCAGAUGCGGCAGCGGCUGGGGCGGGCGCGGGCGAUGGCGCUGUCGCAGGCGCUGAUCGCGGCGGCGUUCGCGCCGUUCGUCAGCGCGGCGCCGUUCCCGGCCGUCGCCGUCGGCUACUUCUUCAUCGGCUUCGGCUGCGCCGUCCAGCUCGCCAUCUGCAACGUCUUCUGCGCCAACCUGCGCCGCGGCACCACCAUGCUCGGCGCCAUGCACGGCAGCUACGGCGUCGGCGGCACCCUCGGCCCCCUCGUCGCCACCGCCCUCGUCGCCGCCGGCGCCCCCUGGAACUACUACUACUUCCUCACCCUCGCCAUCGCCCUCUUCAACCUCGCCUUCUCCUCCUGGUCCUUCGCCCACUACGAGGCCGAGCAGGCCGACGCUGCCCAGGCCGGCAGCGACCCAUCCGCCGCUGCCGCCGCCGGAGCCGACUUCCCGUCCCGCUCCCCCGCCGUGCAGCAGAUGUCCGCCAUGCUCGUCGCCUUCUCGUCCCGCGUCGUGCUGCUCGGCGCCAUCUUCAUCUUCGCGUACCAGGGCGCGGAGGUGUCGAUCUCGGGGUGGGUCAUCUCGUUCCUGAUCGCGGCGCGCGACGGCGACCCGUCGACGGUCGGGUACGUGACGUCGGGGUUCUGGGGGGGCAUCACGCUGGGGCGGUUCCUGCUGUCGCCGGUGGGGGCGCGGGUGGGCGAGAAGCUGUUCGUGUACGUGCUCGUGGUCGGCGCGGCGGUGUUCCAGCUGCUGGUCUGGUGGGUGCCCAACAUCGUCGGCGAGGCCGUCUCGGUCGCCGUCGUCGGCCUCCUCCUCGGCCCCGUCUGGCCCUGCGCCGCCGUCGUCUUCAUGCGCAACCUCUCCCGCCGCGAGCAGGUCAGCGGCCUCAGCGUCGUCAGCGCCUUCGGCAGCUCCGGCGGCGCCGUCGCCCCCUUCACCACCGGCAUCCUCGCCCAGGCCGCCGGCACCUUCGUCCUGCACCCCAUCGCCAUCGCCCUGUUCGCCGUCAUGGUCCUCUGCUGGUUCGGCCUGCCGGGUAGCAUCAAGAGACGGACCGAAUGA